AUGCUGUACUCGUACGCGCGACAAAUCCUCCUCGGCGCAUUUGCCCUACAAGGCGUUGAUGCAGCGAGCUGGAAGGAUUACCAACCUCAGAAUCGUACACCGAGUUCAUGUCCGGAUUAUGUCGAUUACUCGCAAAAACCCCAUGAACCUUUAUCCUCAGGAAAGCUCAAGUUACCGUUUAUGAGGCCGAGUGAACAAUGCAGAACGUUCAAGAGCCCUGCUGUUGAGAAAGUGAUUAGCGACAUGAAGAAACGUAUCAAGAAUCCAGACCUUGCGCGUCUGUUUGAGAAUGCUUUCCCGUCGACGCUUGACACGACGGUCAAGUACUUCGAUACCAAGGAGAACCUGGCCUUCAUUGUUACUGGUGACAUCACCGCACAGUGGUUACGCGACACCGGCAACCAGUUUGCUCAUCUGUACAAGCUACUACCUCAAGACGAGAACUUGAAGGAACUAGUCAAGGCUAUCAUCAACACUGAAGCGAGAUAUAUCUCUGAGUAUCCUUACUGUGGCGCUUUUCAACCUCCUCCCGAGAGUGGAUUGAGUCCUUCCGUCAACGAUUAUGCUGAGCUUGUUACUGUGAAUCCACCAGUGGACAACCAGACCGUCUUUGAGUGCAAAUACGAGCUAGACUCUCUUGCCGGCUUCCUCAAAAUCGCAAGAUCAUACUAUAACAACACCAAGGACGCAUCUUUCAUCAAUGACAACUUCAAAUCUGCCAUGACCCAAAUCCUUCGCGUCAUAGACGAACAAUCUCAGAGUACAUGGGCCGACGACUGGUCAUAUGUCAGCUACUACAACUGGACCGGCAACGCAGGAUCCCUCUCCCCACCAGUUCCCAACAGCGGCAACGGUGAACCAAAACUAGCCAACGGUCUCGUCGCCUGUAGUCAUCGCCCAUCAGACGAUCUCAGUGUUUUCAACUACAUCACCUCCGAUAACGCCAUGAUGUCGGUCGAGCUCGAUAACGUAGCUGAUGUACUAGACAAAGUAGGAAGUCAGAAGAAACUCUCCACGACACUGCGUGGACAUGCCAAAACGAUUCGCCAGGCUGUAUGGAACCAUACUCUCACUUCUAACGGUAUCUUUGCCUACGAGACAAAUGGUUACGGUGGACAGUAUAUCAUGGAUGACGCAAACGUUCCCAGCCUUGUAUCAUUACCCUACCUCGGCUUUCUCGACCGUUCCGAUAGAACUUACCAAAAGACAAAGUCCGUUCUAUUCUCCCGCGCAAACCCGUAUUAUGCAGUCGGCGAGACAUUCCGCGGCAUCGGCGGCCCUCACGCAAACGCCACGAACCCUUGGCCUAUGGCCCAUGUAUCAGCUAUCUACGGUACUGAUGACGACGAUGAGAUUACGGAGCGAUUAAACAUCAUUCUCGAGAACACAUCAGGACUUGGUUUGAUUCAUGAGAGUGUCAAUAUCUAUAACUCGACUGUGUUUACGAGGCCUUGGUUCGCGUGGGCGAAUAGUUAUUUCGCUGAGAUGGUGCUCGAUUUGGCUGAGAGGAAACCUGGCUUGAUCUUCAAGAAUGACAAGCCUGUCUGA